AAGGGUGGAGCCUGGCCCGGGAGCCACGUCUAGCUAGCUGUUCUCCUAAUUUGGGUAGGGUCGGGCGUGGAGCUGGUAGCGGCGCGGUGUGCGCCUGCGCAGGGCGCGGAGACAGGGCGGGUUCGCUGUUGGGUGCCGGUGUGGCCGGGAGUUGGGGCAUCUCCCGCGGCCGGCGUGCGUCGUGCCGAAGCCUGUGGUUGCACGCGCACCCUCGUAGGGGCUGCUCUCCGCGACCAUGUCCAAGUCUCUGAAGAAGUUGGUGGAGGAGAGCCGGGAGAAGAACCAGCCCGAAGUGGACAUGAGCGACCGGGGCAUCUCCAACAUGCUGGAUGUCAACGGCCUGUUUUCCUUAUCCCAUAUCACACAACUGGUCCUCAGCCAUAACAAGCUAACAACGGUGCCACCAAACGUAGCAGAACUGAAGAAUUUGGAAGUGCUCAACUUUUUUAAUAACCAGAUCGAGGAGCUGCCCACACAGAUCAGCAGCCUUCAAAAACUCAAACACCUGAACCUUGGCAUGAACAGGCUGAACACUUUGCCACGAGGCUUCGGCUCCCUGCCAGCUCUUGAGGUUCUGGACUUGACUUACAACAACUUGAACGAAAAUUCUCUUCCUGGAAACUUCUUCUACCUGACCACCCUGCGUGCACUCUAUCUAAGUGACAACGAUUUUGAAAUCCUGCCGCCAGAUAUCGGGAAGCUCACAAAGUUGCAGAUACUCAGCCUUAGGGAUAAUGACCUGAUCUCGCUGCCUAAGGAAAUCGGGGAGCUGACCCAGCUUAAAGAGCUCCACAUUCAGGGGAACCGCCUCACCGUUCUGCCCCCAGAACUAGGAAACUUGGAUUUAACUGGUCAGAAGCAGGUAUUCAAAGCCGAGAACAAUCCCUGGGUGACCCCCAUUGCCGACCAGUUUCAGCUUGGAGUGUCCCAUGUUUUUGAGUAUAUCCGUUCUGAAACAUACAAAUACCUCUACGGCAGACACAUGCAGGCCAACCCAGAGCCACCAAAGAAGAAUAAUGACAAAUCGAAAAAGAUCAGCCGGAAACCCCUGGCAGCCAAGAACAGAUAAGGAAGGGGUUGGCAUCAGGUGGCCUUCCAGCACCUUCUCUCUCCAGCACUUCGUUCUCUCUUGCUCUGUCUCUCAAAUAAAUGCCAUGUGCGUGUGGCCUUUUUAAUAUUUCUUUUCACUCUUUCUAAUGCUUCCCACCUUACCUUUUAGAUUCUUCUGGUAGGUGGGAGAUUGUUAUAAGGUCUUUAAACCGUUUCCAUUUGCUGCUUUUAAGUUACCGAAAGCAUAGAACAAAGCUCUUAUUCAACUGCAAAUUCCAUAGUGGGCACAGGCUUUUCUUGAAUAGACAUCACCAGGGCUUAUUAUCCAAAGAAUAAUUAAAGUCAUGUAACCAUUUAAAUGUCACUGUUAAUACUUUUCACUCUUUCUGUUGAUUCACGUAACUCAUUAUUUUGCUUUAUAAAAGUCUUCCUUCACCCCCGAGAUAUGUUAAUUUCACUUACAAAUGAUAUUUUAAUAAAAUCUUGAGUUUAUAUCACAUGUUACUUAUUGACCCAAAAUAAAGAACAGUCCGAUCCUG